CAGCCGCCGCCCCGCGAUUCGCGCCUAAACGCAAAGGCAAGCCCUUGAUCAAGCUCGGCGUCCCCAAAUCCGAACCUCUUGAAACCAAACCACUCCAAAUCAAACCUCCUACGAUCAAGCCCGAGCCCGAGCCCGAGCCCGAGCCUGAGCCCUCGAAGGAUCCAAUCGCAAUCAUGUCCCAAUCCGAGCCCUUGAAGGAUCCAAUCGCAAAUGGAAAAGAUGAUCUUGUUGAUGAUGAUGCUGAUGUUGGUGAUGAUCCAAUGCAAUCAUAUGAAGAAGAUGAUGAUGGGAAGGAGGAUGAUGAUGAUGAGGUGGUGGUUCAAGAGAUCGAUGUGUACUUGAACGCAUCUCCUCUCGAAGACGGCGCCUCGUUGUACGUUAUGCAGUAUCCUCUUAGGCCUUCCUGGCGUCCGUAUGAAUUGGAAAGAUGUGAAGAGGUCAGGGUGAAGCCUAAACAAGCAAAAGUUGAAGUUGAUUUGAAAUUGGAUACUGACAGACAAAAUUAUGACCCAGAGAAGCCUGUCUUGAAUUUAGAAAACCUGACAUUGUCAUCAUCCAGGGGACUUUGUGUACCUUACUUUGCUGUUGGGAUUAGAAAUGGAAAUCAGCUGCACUUAAGCCCUGUUGAUUCAGUUGUGCAGCUUCGUCCAUCAAUAAAUGUUGGCGAAGAGAAGAGGAAGCAGGCUGCCCCAAGUAUAGAUGCUAAUACAAACCCUUUACAGCAGGGAAAUGCAGUGUCAGGGGAUUCAAGUGAAAAUCUAGAUGAUGCUGAUCCAUGGGUUUCACUUGAGUGUCACUCGAUUGACAGUCCUCUUGCGGAUAGUUACCAGAAAAAAAUGGUGGCUGAGAAGAAUAAUGAUAUACAAUUUACAGUGAAACCGCAUGAAUACAUCAGCUUCUUGUGUCCUGGAUCAUCAAGCAACAAGAAGGGAGCUCUAGGACCUUCUAAAAGGGACUUGCUCUUGCUUCCAUUGGAAGAACGACUGAAAAAGUGGUUUUCAGAGGGACCACAAGUGAAUCGUUUUUCUGCGCUUUUACAUCUUGCCCCUACGAAUUCAGUUGAAGAUGUUCUUAAGGUGCUUAAACUGUAUGCACACUUGGUCCAAGGAUUAUGGGUUGCCAAGAGUUCUUUGGUAUACAUUGGUGUUGAAGCUUCUGCCAGAGAUUACAUCCUUUCCCUAUUUGCUAAGAAUUGUGUGAUCCGCUAUGACACAGAAAAAAGAUUGCCUCCUCUUGUACAGCAAAUAUUAGGCCGGAUAGCAGUUCAUAGGCCUAGUCUUAAUGACUGGAAAUUCAAAGAGCCUACUGAUCUGUCAUUUAUAAAAUGUUAUCCAGAUAUUGUUAAAGAACAAGAACAGGCAUGGGCAGGCCGUGUGAAACAGCUUAGGGACUCUUUGGUUGGAGCUCAAAAAACUAAGGAAAGCCAGUUUAUGGAUAAUUUGAUAAAAUCUUUAAACCCGCAUUUGCUCAAGAAGACCGUUGACUUGAGAGAAGUUAAGCAUACUCCAAAGGAUGGUAUUGAUAACACAGUAAUCUCUUCAACGACAACCAUGCUAAAUGGAACUCGAGAAGAUAUCAACAAGGCUCUCUUAGAGAUUUUCCACUUGCAUGGUGCUCGGAGAUUGGAUGCAAUUCGCAAAGAUUUAACUGCGGCAACGCAUGAGGUACAAUCAGCUCUUAGUGAAGUUGCUGUGAAUAUACAUGGAGUAUAUGUCUUAAAAUCCCCAAGGAAUCCAGCUCUUAAAGAAUUGAGAAAUUUCAUCAUCAGCCUUUUCCGGCAGAAGAAAGCUAAUGUGAAGUUUAGGGAGUUGGAUGUAAGGAAAGCUGCUCAGAAUCAUCUCAAAAGGAAUAUUUCAGAUUCCGAAUUUAAGCUGGUCAUAAAUGAAUUCUGUAUUUGCACGGGUGGAGGAGUGGCACUCAAAAGUGGUGAUUCUGACCAGAAAUGAAUAUUCUUGAAUCUGCUCAUCGAAUCCGACGACAAUUUGGUAACUAGGUUCAGAACAGCAACACACAAUACUUGCAAAUUCAGCGCCAUCUACAGUUUUGUCCGGCAUCAUUUUCCCUUAAAAUUUUCGUUAAUUGUAAAUUGUACUCGUCGGUUCCGCACUUUUGGUUUGCAGAUUUUUCAUCCACAUUUGGUUGCAACGAAAAAUCUAUCAUAUCGUGACGUACUUGAGGGAUGCAGUUUUGUCGCGGCCACACAAAUUGGCCAUAUUUUAAGCUUUGAUUAUUCGUCACGCUCUCUCUACAAGCUUACAUUGUCUCAAGUAUUGGCUUGGCCCAUUGUAGUAUGUGCGAGCCACAUGCAUUAUUGUACUCUUCUUUCUCUUGAUGACAUAUAAUUACUAAAUUCAUUCUAGGUUCUCCCUUUCUCUUCUCUUCAUGUAUCACUUCCCCUCUGUGAAAAUCAAAAUUAAAACGGAUGCUUCAGUUUUUUUUGUUUAGAUUAUAUAUAAUGGGUGCUUAAGUUCAAUGAAGAA